GAGACUGGAAUUACAGAGGUUUGUGAGCCACCACCCAGGGGGUGCUGAGACGCAAACCUGGGUCCUCUGGAAGAGCAGCUAGUGCUCUUCAGCUGUGAGCUAUCUCUCCAGGCCCUUACUUUAUUUUUUUCUUCUCUCCUCCACUUCUUCCUUCCCUUCCCUCCUUUCCUUCUUCCUUCCUCCUUCCUGCUUUUUUGUUUGUUUGUAUUAUUUUGUAUAAAAAUAUAAUGUAGCUUAGGCUGAUCUUGAACUUACUAUGUAGCAAAGCCUGGCCUUGAACUGUUGAUCAUCCUGCCAACAGUUACAUCCGGGGUGUACCAUGCCUAGCCAAGUUUUUGUUGUUGUUGUUGUUUGUUUGUUUGUUUUUUAUAAACAACAUCCACUCUUGUAUUGAGCUAUGAAAUGUUAAUUCAACAAAUGAGGUGGAGGGGCAUGCUUCUGAUUAUGUGAUGAGGAAGUAGAGGAUCUGAGAGGUUAUCUGGUGGAUCUAGAGGUCAGUCUUGUGCCGAGGAGACAGGAGGGAAGGAGUAGGAGAGAGGGUCUUGGCUGGGGCAGGACAGACCAGAAUCCUGACAAGGCCAGAAAGAAGGGGGUUUGGUCUCUUCAAAUACGAGCUUGCUAGCGCCACCUCCCUGCCAGUCCCAGUUUUUCAUAUUAUCAUUGCUCAUCUUGUAUCCAAACCCCUGAUAGGCUGUCUUCAUGGGUUAGGCCCGGAUCCUGGGGCCUGACAGUUGUUCAAAGGCCGUUUCUGCUUGAGCCUGAAACUUUCACAGGGAAUGUACUGCAGGUUCAUAGCAGAUAACAUCAAAUUUAAGAACCAGUACCAGAGCUGGGGGUGCAUGCCUGUAAUUCCAGCACUCGGGGAGGCAGAGGCAGGCAGACUUCUGUGAGUUCAAGGCUAGCCUGAUCUACAAAGCGGGCUACACAGAGAACCCCUGUCUCGAAGGGAGAAAACAAACAAACAAACAAACAAACAAAAAAACAAAAACAGUACCCUGAAGCUAUAGUCCCAGAUAACUAUCAGUCACUUCAGCAUAGGGGAGGCUGUCAGAAAUUCAGGGAGCAGUACCAGCCUGGGCAGGAGUGAGCAUCUGGAGAACAGAGUGAGGUGCUGUCCACCUCUGUCAGAGAUCCCUGAAGUCAAAGUUCAAAACGUAAGUGUUCAACUGGCAAGUGAGGUACCAUAUGUUGUAGCUGCAGUCAGGGGAACAGUGUCUGGUGGACCUAUUCCUUGGUAUGGUUUCUCUUAGUCUGAUAGACAAUGAGAAACUUUCUUCUCAGAAGACAGAUCCUCAGGGGGCAAAUAAGACAAGUGACCACAGGCAGGGCCUGGGGAUGAGGCCUGUUGUAUGAUCUGGCUGCAGAAGGUGAGCAUGUUGGAGAGGACAGGGCAACUGAUGAGAAACUGGUAUGUUGAGACAGGAAGCAUGAGGAAGACCUUAUCUGGGGCUAAUGGAAAAGGGAGCAAGGUUUGGCUAUAGCACAAAGCUGAGGUUGGAUCCGUGUUUUUGGAGCUUAAAGGGUCCUUUACAUACGUGGUCCCCUCCUUGGCUGAUACUGAAAUUCUCUGGGCAUUGAGGGGCAGGUUCAGGGCGGGACCGCAUGAUGGGUGGAGUUUGCACCUGGGGCCAAAGCCAAGGAGUGGGAGAAUCACCCCUUGACCUAUUUGACCGCCUACAUCAGCCUCCUGGACUGAGGGAAGGAAAGGCAGCAAAAGCAUAUAGGGGAAACCAAGGUCAGUCUCAGGCCCCCAGAAAAAAAGACAGAGCCCUUCUAGGACUAGAGACUGGGCGGGGCUAUCAGCUUUAGGUUCUCCGGUCAAGAGUGGAGCCACCACAACCUUGGCAGGACCUAGCAUCCUGUUAGUGUCCUUCCCUUUGCCUGGCUUCGACCCUCUGUGCAGUCUGAGGUGUGGGAGGCUCCCUUCGAAAGCAGACCCCACCACACCCCGGAAAGGUUGGGAAAUGCAACAGCCUCUCUUCCACUUACACCCGGUGGCGCAAAGGGUGGAGGUUCUUCUGGCUGGAGCAGGUGGCCCUAGCGUCGCAGAGGGUGCUCCCCAGCUGCAGUGUUCACAGCGGGGAUGGAGGUGAAGAAGCCUUGCUAGUCCCAGGCUCAAGCCUCCCGCGCUAUUGAGAGGUCCCCUCCACCCCAGCCACCGUGUUCCUGAGCCCCUCCCCCCAUUUCUCAGGGACCGAGUCCAGAUUUCUGCGGAAGGUCCCACCGCCCCCUCAACCCCCUACGAAGACUGAACGGCACUGAUAUCCAAGGUCGUUGGAGCCUUAGGGCACCAGUAAGCCCCACUGCAGCCACUCUUAUCCGCAGGCAAGAAUCCGCAAAGACGCUCUGCCGCAGUCGGACCUUGGCCCUGCCCCGGCGCCCGAAGGGGCAAUGCUCCGGGGAGCCCGACUUCACUAUGCUGCCUAGGGUGCGGCUCCUGCCCUGCGUCCGGGAGCUUCGCCUCUGCACUGAAGUCCCCCCGCCCCGCCGCCCCUUAAGGGCUCUAGACCCCCAUUCUUGCAGGGCCAGCCUAGCCUCGUCAUGUACAAGAUCCGACACAGGAAAAUGGAGUCAGUAACUUGCUCCUGCGUCAGACGAAGCCUCGGCUUAGACAAUGGCCUCUGGAAAUUCCUGCAGAGAGAAAUCUGGUGCUACAUGCUGCCAACACUUACCUGGAGUGGCUGAAAUACUGAGAUGUUCAAAGGGGUUUGUCUGACAGACCCAAACAGCCUGCAUCUUGGCCUACCACUGUGUCCUCAUUAUAUGCUGAUAUGCCCAGGAUAGUCUUGAAUGGUGUGACAGUGGAUUUUCCUUUCCAGCCCUACCAGUGCCAACAGGAGUACAUGACUAAGGUGCUAGAAUGUCUCCAGAAGAAAGUGAAUGGCAUCCUGGAGAGCCCCACAGGUACUGGGAAGACGCUUUGCCUCCUCUGCACGACAUUAGCCUGGAGGGAACAUCUCCGUGAUGCUGUUUCUUCUCAAAAGAUUGCUGAGAGAGUUCAAGGGGAACUCUUUGCCAGUCGGCCCUUGUCAUCCUGGGGGGAUGCUGCCGCUACCAGUGGCCACCCAAUAGAUUGCUACACAGACAUCCCAAAGAUCAUCUAUGCUUCUAGAACUCACUCACAGCUAACUCAGGUCAUCAGUGAGCUUCGGAAUACUUCCUACCGGCCCAGGGUAUGUGUGCUGGGCUCCCGGGAGCAGCUGUGUAUUCAUCCUGAAGUGAAGAAGCAGGAGAGUAACCACAUGCAGAUCCAUUUGUGCCGAAAGAAGGUGGCAAGUCGCUCCUGUCAUUUCUACAACAAUGUAGAAGAGAAAGGCCUGGAGCAGGAGUUGGCUACCCCCAUCCUGGACAUUGAGGACCUUGUCAAGAAUGGAAGCAAACACAAAGUGUGCCCAUACUACCUUUCUCGAAACAUGAAGCAGCAAGCUGACAUCAUCUUUAUGCCAUACAAUUACUUGUUGGAUGCUAAGAGUCGUAAGGCACACAACAUUGACCUCAAGGGAACAGUUGUGAUCUUUGAUGAAGCUCACAAUGUGGAGAAGAUAUGUGAGGAAUCAGCCUCCUUUGACUUGACUCCCCAUGAUGUGGCUUCAGGACUGGAGGCUAUCAACCAGGUUUUGGAGGAGCAAGCCCGGGUGGCUCAGCAGGGUGAACUCCAAUUGGAGUUCAGUGCAGACACCUCCAGCUCAGGGCUCAAGAUAGAGCUGGAAGACAUCGCAAAGUUGAAGAUGAUCCUGCUUCGCCUGGAGGAGGCUAUUGAUGCUGUCCAGCUGCCUGGGGAUGAUAGAGGAGUCACCAAACCUGGAAGCUAUAUCUUCGAGCUGUUUGCUGAAGCCCAAAUAACGUUUCAAACCAAAGGCUGCAUUUUGGAAUCACUGGACCAGAUAAUCCAGCACCUGGCAGGACGUACUGGUGUAUUCACCAACACAGCUGGGUUGCAGAAGCUCAUGGACAUUAUCCAGAUCGUGUUCAAUGUGGACGCUCCAGAAGGCAGCCCUGGUUCUCUGGCAGGGCUGGGUAUCUCACAUUCCUAUAAGGUACACAUACACCUUGAAACCAGCCACCGGAGGGCAGCUCAGCGGUCAGAUGCCUGGAACACCAUGACAUCUAGGAAACAAGGGAAAGUGCUGAGCUACUGGUGCUUCAGUCCCAGCCACAGCAUGCGUGAACUGGUCUGCCAAGGAGUCCGUACCCUUAUCCUCACCAGUGGCACACUGGCUCCACUGUCCUCCUUCGCUCUGGAGAUGCAGAUUCCAUUCCCAGUCUGUCUGGAGAACCCACACAUCAUUGACAGGAACCAGCUCUGGGUGGGGGUGAUCCCCAGAGGCCCAGAUGGUGUUCAGCUGAGCUCUGCCUAUGAAAAAAGGUUUUCUCAGGAGUGCUUAUCUUCCCUGGGGAAGGCUCUGAGCAACAUCGCUCGCGUGGUACCCCAUGGGCUUCUGGUCUUCUUCCCUUCCUAUCCUGUCAUGGAAAAAAGCCUGGAGUUCUGGCAGGCACAAGGCUUGGCUAAGAAGGUGGAGGCACUGAAGCCUCUGUUUGUGGAACCCAGGAAUAAAGGCAGCUUCUCAGAGGUCAUUGAUGCGUACUACCAGCAAGUCGCCUCCCCAGGGUCUAAUGGGGCCACCUUCUUAGCAGUAUGUCGGGGAAAGGCCAGCGAAGGGCUGGACUUUUCCGACAUGAAUGGUCGUGGUGUGAUUGUCACGGGCCUCCCAUAUCCCCCACGCAUGGAUCCACGUGUUGUGCUUAAGAUGCAGUUCUUGGAUGAGAUGAGAGGCCGGAAUGGGGCUGGAGGCCAGUGCCUCUCUGGUCAUGAGUGGUACCAGCAACAGGCAUCCAGGGCUGUGAACCAGGCUAUUGGGAGGGUAAUCCGACACCGCCAUGACUAUGGGGCCAUCUUCUUGUGUGACCACAGGUUUGCCUAUGCUGAUGCCAAGGCCCAGCUGCCCUCCUGGGUACGCCCCUACCUCCAGGUGUAUGACAACUUCGGCCGUGUCAUCCGAGAUGUGGCCCAGUUCUUCCGUGUUGCUCAGAAAACUAUGCCUUUGCCAGUUCCCCAGGUGGAACUGACCUCAAGUGUGAGUGAGGGAGAAGCUGCUGUCAAGAAGGCUACAUUGUUCAGCCCCUUCCUCUCCACCAGGAAAGCAAUGAGCUUGGAUGUGCAUGUGCCCAGCCUGAGACAGAAGCCCACAGGAUUAUCAGCUGCUGGGGACUGUGAGAGCAGCCUGUGUGUGGAGUAUGAGCAGCAGCCAAUUUCUGCCCAGCAGAGACCCAUGGGGCUGCUAGCUGCCUUGGACUACAACGAGCAGAAGGCUGGGGCAUCUGAGGAGGAGCAGGCACUCAGCUCCUCCACCCUGUCUCUCCGGUGUGAGAAGAGGCUAUCGGUCGAGCAGAAAGGAGGAAGGAGGAAGGUCAGGCUGGUCAGCCAUCCGGAGGAACCAGUGGCUGGCACACAGGCAGGCAAAGCCAAGAUGUUCAUGGUGGCAGUGAAGCAAGCACUAAGCCAAGCCAACUUUGACACCUUUACCCAGGCUCUGCAGCACUAUAAGGGUUCUGAUGACUUUGAAGCUCUAGUGGCCUCUCUUACCUGCCUCUUCGCUGAAGACCCCAAGAAGCAUAACCUUUUUAAAGGCUUCUACCAAUUUGUGCGACCCCACCACAAGCAGCAGUUUGAGGACAUCUGCUUCCAGCUAACAGGCCAAGACUGUGGCUGCCAGCCAGGGCACAGCCUUCCCCUCGGAGAGCAAGCACAGUCAGCUGUGGACAUCACCAGUGAGCAAGGAAGGAGAGAGCUGGAGUCUAAACUGACCUUGUCCGAAGGUAUAAAUAGGCAACUGGACACUGGAGAGCACCUGAACCAGGGGAGACCUCACCUGUCUACUCAUCUAACUUGCAAAGAAGAUACCAGCAAUUGUCCAAAAGUGGGGUGUGCAGUAGAAAAACCUGGCCAGCCUGCUGCGAGUACCUACCUUUCUGAUGUCCACAAGGCUCUGGGAACUACAAGUUACAGCCAGUUUAUAGCAGCUCUGAGGGUGUACAAACAGGAUGAUGACCUGGACAAGGUCCUGGCUGUGGUGGCAGCACUGACCACUGAAAAACCUGAAUACUUACCCUUGUUACAAAGGUUUGGCAUGUUUGUGCGUCGCCACCACAAGCCUCAGUUCCUGCAGACCUGUGCGGACCUAAUGGGCUUACCUACCACGGGCAAGAGCUUAGAGCUGCCAGAUCACAGAGAGGAGAGCACAACUCUGCCGUCUGAGCUUACCCAUGAAGACACAAAACCAGGCCCCUCAGUGUCCAAGAAACCUGAGAAGACUCAGAGUAAGAUCUCAUCCUUCCUUAGACAGACGUCAGAGCCGAGUGUGAGCUCUGCUGAUAAUUCAGAGCCCGUGCAACCACCUCCUAGAGUACCCUGUGAACAUGUGAAGCCUGAGUGGACAUUUGUGUGCCCAGCCUGUGCAACUGAGGACACAGUGCUUUUCCAGUGCUCCUCCUGCGACUUCUACCGCUGCAUGGCCUGUUGGCAACUGCAACUCCAGGCCUCUAGACUGUGUCCGGCUUGCGGUGCUAUUAACAGGAAGCGGAGUAUUACACAGGUCAUCUGGCCGAAGCCCCAGUGAACACAGAUAGACUAUACUUGGCUGUUCAACAUUAUCUGAAGCUCCCUGUGAGAAGCCCUGAAACCUCAAUGGCCUAUAUUGGCAUUGUGUCUGUAUUACUGAAGGGGUAGGCUGUCCAAUAAAACCAAUAAUAUCA